AAAGGCAAUCAGGUACUUUGGGAUGUCAAUGACGAUGAGCAAGUCUCCAUCAGCCACACUCACUAGUUGCAGUCCAAGUUUCACACAUGAGUGUGAUGGAAACUCAUAUCUGAAUGGAAUCUGUUACCAGUUCAAUGGCCGUCUGAAGAUGGUCACCAACAUCACCCCUGCUUUCCAAGAGUGUACGGAGAGUAAAGUGAACCUGGUUUUCCUUUUUGACGGCUCCAGCAGCAUGCAAACAUCUGACUUCAAUAAGAAUAAAGAAUUCAUAUGGAACAUCAUGACAACAAUGAAGAACACAUCUAUUGAGUUUGCUGCUGUUCAGUUUUCUAGCGAAUUCAGGACAGUUUUCACCUUUAAAGAUUAUGUUAGUGGCACGGCGAAGAAGAGACUUGAUGACGAAAGGCACAUGAAGCAGCUCACAUGCACACACAGAGCCAUCCAGUUCACCCUUGAUCAUCUGUUUAAUAAUAAUAAGUCCGGUGCGAAUCCUGAAGCUAAAAAAGCCCUCGUCAUCAUCACAGAUGGAGCUCCUGCUGAUUUAGACAAUAACGUGAUACAUCGCUGUGAGGAACAAAACAUCGCUCGCUUUGUUAUUGGGGUGGGGCAUCAAGUCAAAUUAGAGAAGCUGGAAAAGUUUGCCUCAGAGCCGAAAGAGAAGAACACCAUCAUGAUUAACAACUACGCUGGACUUAAUGGACUUUUGGAUAAUUUACAAAAUAAGAUCUUUGGCAUGGAGGGAACUCGGGGCAUGUUGUUUGGUAAAGAGCUGUCUCAGAGUGGAUUCAGUGCUGCAAGUGACAAGGACACCCUGAUUCUGGGAGCGGUUGGAUCUAAUCAUUGGACUGGAAACCUGUAUGAGGUCACAGGAUCUGAAGCUUCGAUCAGUGAGAUGGAAAUCAAAGACAUAAACCUAAAUAAUGAUUCAUACAAUGGUUACUCUCUUGUAAUUGGGCAGAGGGGCAGAGAUUCUCUUUUGUUCUCUGGAGCACCAAGAUCUAAUUACAGGGGUCGGGUGACUCUGUUCAGGAAGAGCACUGACAAGUGGAAAGCCAUCAGCAAUAUCGCAGGAGAACUGAUUGGCUCGUAUUUCGGAGGAUCGGUGUGUGUGUUAGACCUGGACUCAGACAACAACACUGACUUCCUCGUGGUUGGAGCUCCGCUGUAUUACCAACCUCAUCCUCAGAGAGAGGGACGGGUGUAUAUCUACAGACUCACACAGCAGCUGAAAUUGGAGAAGCAGUUGGAGAUUAGUGAAUCAGCUCAGGGUCGGUUUGGGAUGACUUUAGUUGCUGUAUCAGAUCUGAAUGGAGACCAGCUGAAGGAUUUAGCUGUUGGAGCUCCACUGGAAGAUGAUCGAAAAGGAGCCGUUUACAUUUACCUCGGCAACCGUGAUCACGGCAUCCGCUCUAAGUACAGCCAGAGAAUUUUUGCAAGUUCCAUUAAUAAGCAGCUUCAGCAUUUCGGCUUGUCGAUUGAUGGUGUAAUGGACAUGGGACAGGAUGGUCUGAUAGACAUUGCUGUUGGAGCACAAGGGACCGUUUUACUCUUGAGAACUCGGCCGGUUGUGUCCGUCUCAGCAAAGCUCGGUUUCUCCCCGUCUGAAAUCAACCUGAAUCAUUUUGACUGCCUCGGCAGCUCAGACAACGCUAUUCCUGUCCUCUACCUCAGCACCUGCUUUAGUAUGACAGAGGACACCAAAAGCAAAGGGGGAGUAAGGAGUGGCCUAAAUGUGUCACUGGAGCUCAAAGCUGAUGCUGUGAGAAUGGACAGUCGUGCAUUUUUCAAUAAGGACGAUAAGACGUCCAGGAGUCUGGUGAAGUCUGUGCUCCUGAACACAGAGGUUUCCUGUUACAAUCAUACAGUCUAUAUGAAGAGCUGUGUAACGGACAUCACAUCUCCGGUGUUAUUCCGUCUCAACUUCAGCCAGUCUGAUCACCAGCCGAGCAGCUCCAACUCCAUACUGAACAUCGACAGCAAAAACACGGCUCUUGUAGAGGUUCCUUUUCCGAAUAACUGUCAAAACAUGAGCUGUGUAUCAGACCUGCAUCUGGACUUCAAGUUCCUGAACAGCACAUUGCUGUUGGUGGACCAGGCAUUGUUUAUCAUCCAUGUGACUUUACUGAACACAGGAGAUUACUCAUUCAACACCAGUGUGGUGCUGCUCUACCCUCCUGGAUUAUCACUCUCACUGUUCAGGACCAUUGAGGCGAACAGAGAGACUGUGAGUAGUUGUGGUGAUCAUAAGGAUGCAGUGCUAAAAAAAACCACCUGUGGUAUCAGUUCACCGGUUUUUCGCAGAAACACAAGGGCCAUGUUUGAGGGUGUGUUCCGUGUCUCUCGUUUUUACAACUGGACAGACAACAUGCAGAUGACACUUAUGGCCAGCAGUGAUAACAACAGAAUUACAAGUGACACCACAGUGAGGACACUGCCUUUGCAGCCCAGUGUAAAUGUGGCCAUCAGCCCUGUUCCUGAGCUUUCUGUAACAUAUCUGAAUUUCCAUUUGGGAGAUAAAGGACCCAAACCCAUCAUUGUCGUGUUCGAGGUGAGUAAUCUGGGACUGAAGGGUCUGCCUGUAACAGUAAGCUUCAGGAUGCCGACUCAGACUGGUGUAAACUUGCACGACCUGCACAGUCACACCAUCACUGUCUCACAGAAUAUCACAGCCUGUAAGAUCAUACCAACUCAGAAACAUGCUAACCGUCUGAUUGAGGAGUAUGUGAACUUUAAGUGUCAGUGUUUCUCACUGGAUCCUGGGGCUGCUGUCCAGUUUCAUCUGAGUGCGCUCAUCAUAUUCCCUAAUAAACAACAAUAUACAGGGUCUUUCGGUGGGUUUAAAAAGGUGGACGAUUUUUUUGUCUUUGCUCAACUAGACUUUGAUAAAAAGCUUCAUCAGUUAUCUAGUGACAGCGAGAAAGAGAGCAGUAGAUUUCACAACGCUAAGAUCAGUAUAAAAUCUGAAGUGGUCAUUCCUCCUGAUGUGGUUAUGAUGAUCAGGACCAGUGCAGGAGGAGGAGUUCUCCUGCUCUUCAUUGUCUUCUUGCUUGGUGUUGAAGUGUGGUUUCUUUAGGUGGAAACAUCCUGUACCAUAUGGAGAUGAGACUGAGAACUGAACUGAAGAAGGUGAUGGAGGAAAGAGUCUGGAGUGAAAAGUCUUCCCUGGUGGAGCUUCUGAUCAGCUUUAUUCUACGUUCGCUUAGCCCGAGUGUUGCUUCUGUAUCCCUGUGUUUCUUUAUCAUGUCAACGCAUUUACUUUCCUGUUAGCACAAACAUUUUACUGUUACACACUGCAUCAGUUCAAACUGAUGUGUGUGAAUCAGAUGAUUAGUGUGUGAGGACCCCAGUGCUGGGACAAUCUGAUCAUGUGUCUAUUUUUAUAGUAUCGUAAAUAGCCACAUGGCUAUUCCAUUCCAGGUACCAAGCACAGUUGCCUAAUUAUAAUUGAAAAAAUAAUAAAAAAAAAAUGUUUUCUUUAUUCACUCCAUAUAAAUUUUUUUUAUUGUCUGAUAUACAG